GUGCUCUGAGCUCGCUGACCGGUAGCCGGUCGUCUAUUCCGAAAAUUAUCCGUAUCGCGAUUGUAUAUCAACGAUUGAAAAAAAAUAUCGCCGUUCAGCAUUCAUCACUAGUGCUUUUAUUUCUCCGCGGUUUUUUGCUUCGUUUUUAUGGAAUUAUACCGUAUGUAAAGUACGAUAUUCGACGGGUUUUUGUUUUCACAAACGUCCGGACUAUCCGGCCAACGAAACAAUCAUGAUGCAGGUUCUUACGUGUCAACAAUUGCCUACACCAAUGCCGAAUGUCGCCAAUUUAUUCUAUCCGCUGAAUCCAAGCCUCGAGGACGAGAUGAAACGACUUUUCGCCAAUUUCACCGUCGAACCGGUCACUCAUCCAAAGCCAAAUCCCGAAGAUGUGAUGGAAGAGUUCCGUCACAACGGACGAGAUUACGAGUACUGCCCGGAAUUGGAAGCUGGUUUCGUUCCACGUCCGUGUCCUCGUCGUAAAAAAAAUAAAAAACCGCUCGCUACCGAAUGCGCUUUUUGCAAAAACAACGGUGAAAAGCCGAGCUUUUACCGAGAUCAUAUUCUGAAGGACGUCGACGGUCGCGUUAAGUGUAAAAUUUUACGAAAUUACACGUGUCCGAUCUGUGGAGCUUCCGGCGACAAUGCGCACACGAUUAAAUAUUGUCCAGCAAACCAAAAACCCGAAACCAUUGCGAUGGCGAACAUGCUUCGAGCCUCGAGGAUCCCAGUGGACAAAAAACGUGCCAAGCCCAAUUUCGUCGUAGGCGAGAGAACACUGGAAAGAGCAGAGGAGAAAAAUUCCAAAUUGAUCGUCUGGAAAAAUUAGUUGGACAAAGAAGAUGAAGGAAUGGUACUUUUAAUUGAGAAGACUGAUUAUGAACGUAGAGAUACCGCGGAAGUGCUUUUGAGAGCUUCUAUCGUGCGCGUCUAUCGUGCAAGAAAAAACAAGUCAAACGAAAACUUUAUUCUCAAGCUACCAUUUUUCUUUUACUGUACGAACAAUGAAAUCGAAUCUGCUCCAGCCAGAGUUCGGUCAACGAUCGGUAUCAAGAGAAAUGGCAACGAUCGCGUAUAUUUUGAUAAAAAUAUAUAUUAGACACGUAAGUUGUAUGAUCCUCGUAGAUUAUUUUACGAGAAAAGAGUGACGAGUAUUGGGCGAUUGUUACUGAAAGACAAUUCGAAGCCAGUGACUUUUUUUUACUCUUGAAAAAAAAAAAUCAAGACUCGGUAAAAAGGUAUCAAGAACGUUUCAGAAAACGAUAAUCAUCGAACGCAGGAUUUUGUGAAAUGUCCGUGAUCAUCUGAUUGCCAUUGAAUUGUUGGAAUAAAAAGUUACCAAUAAGGAAUCAUGAAAGAGGAAAAAUUUGAACUCGGAUCGGGAGCCAUGAGAUUUUGGCAAAGUAAAACAUAAAAAUCAAGAGCCUCACUUUUCUAUGACUUUUAAGAUUCGUACGAAUAACCGCGCGGACAGAUGAUGCUGAAAAGGAACUAAAAAAAUUCAUUCCUCGUGUUGAGAAGAAAUUCUCGCUGUGAAUGCAGAUUUUUGCAGAGAAACUUUGGGUCUUUUUGACAUCACAGGAUCGUUUAAUUUUUUAAAUUAUUUUAUUUAUUCGUAUUUAUUCCUCCGGUGAUGGCGUUUCUCAAAUAUUUUUGUUUUCGCUAAGAGCCAUGAGAACACGAAUAGCUUCAUUUACCACGAGGUCUUUUCGAGAUUCAUCGAGAAAACGACAUUUCAAAUGGCCGCGUUCAUUCGAAUUUUUGCAUCAUCGCCGUCAGUUACCGCGUACGUACGUCGUAUUUUCAAAAAUUGUUUUUCCUCGACGAUGUGAAACCAAAAACAAAGUGUUAAGCGGGAACUGACAACAUAUGAAAUCCUAUUAAGGGAUCAAAUCUCGUGUGCCUUAUAAAUUAAACAAAGUACAAAUAACAAGCUUUUUCAGCGCAUUGACAGGGUCGAAAGAAGAAACAUAGUAUGACGAGUAUUGUGAUUUCUAUACUGUGCGAAUUGAGCAAGUUUAUUUUAAGCAGCAGAUUUAUGAUCGCGAUGGUGUUCAUUCUGUAAGAUUGUCCUCGUGGACUUGAGUUACUCUUAUAAGUAAAUAAUGUUGGCUGAACCAGGUUUAAUGAGAUGAAAUUUAUACGAUGAUCGAAUAGUAGAAUAAUUUUUUGAUACCUUUACAUCUCUAUAUAAAUGUUAUACACAAGGACUAUUAUUAAUAGUGAAACAGUAAAUUGCGAGUCUCGCUGAUAGCAAAGAAACGUACAUUUUUCGCAAGUGGUUCCCACUAAUCUUAAGAUGGUCAGACAUUGAUUCUUAGCGCGAUAUAAGCGUUUCGUUCAAGAUUUUGAAGAACCCUUUAAUUUCGUACGAAAGUUUAUUGUCCGUUAGUCAAUAGUGAUAAGACGAAUCGCCUCGUUCCUAAAGCUAUUUAAAAGCUAAACAUGCCAAUUACCGGCGGGGGUGAUUUUAGUUUAAGAAAGAAAGAAAUAACGAAAAAUGAAUAAGCAACGGAGGCUCGAAGGCCUCCGUUGAUGAGCGAACGUUGCCACGUUUCUAAAAGUUUAUACUUUUAAUCAAUCAAAAAUGAAAAAUAUGUUUUUUCUUUACGAGGAAAUUCUCUAAAAGAUUUAUGAAUUCAAUGGCUCAUGAUAAUUUGCAUCCUAAAGCAACCGAUAAUUGUACAAACCUUCUGCAUUUGACUCCUCGCAUUAUUUUCGAUCGAUUUAUUCAAAGUUGAAUUAGUUUAUUUAACCCGAAAGCGUGGUAGAGAUAUUGUGAAAUUCUGCGUUGGCGUGUUCACAUUAGCCUUGUUCUUUUACGAAAUAAAAUAGUUCGUAAUAACUGCGAUUACUGGUGAAAAAUUCGUCAAUUUAUUUUUCAGUGUCACAUUUUUUUGUAAACUUUUUUUCUUCUUUUUUCCACUCGCAAUCAACAAAAAUAAUAGUUUGUAAUCGAUCGGACGAUCGAAAGGGCCGAUUGCACCCCCCCCCCCCCCCCCCCCCUCCGCCGGUGUUCAUGAAUUAUAACUGUAUUUCUAGAACAAUAAUAUCUAGUGGUCGCUCAAAUGAUAUGAUCAACUGUUACCUGUAUCUAUAAUUAUUUAACUAAACGUACGUAAUCGUAAAUUGAUAUAUUUUUUUAUGUUUGAAAUACAGCAGAAUAAUAAAAAUACAAAAAAAAAUGAAGCAAAACGUCUGUUGAUGGCUCGAACUCGAUGAUUCGAUUUCUACUCGAAGGGGUGAGUGCGAAUGAAAUAAACAAAAAUGUUCAAAUCAAA